AUGUGUAUCGGGUACCGGAUCAUCCAGUACCAGUGUCAGUGUAAGUACAACUGGCUGACGAAGAAGUGCGAGACGCAUCCGGAUGAGCACGAUGGCACGUCCUUCGAGCUGCCGAACCGGGCCAAUGUGCCCUGUCAGCUUGUGAAGGAUCGCCAGUACUGCCCCGGUGUCGAUCGCGAAGAGGCUGUCGACACGAUGAAGUUGAAGCUGUUCUGCCCGCAUUGUGUGGAGAGCAAGCAGGAGGAGCUCCGAAAGUUCUUCUGCGAGGAGUACGCGGUGACGGCGCCCCACGUGGAAAAGUUCAACGACAACGCCCGCGCCUUACUCGACUUCGCACUCACGGAUAUCAUGCGCAACCCAGUCACUCGGGUCCCCAUCGCAGACACGCAGCACAUUGAGCGCAAGCUUCGCACGCUGGAGAAGAGGGUGUUGAAGUGGAACCCCAACAUGGGAGUCCCUUCCAAGUCUCAUAGCCUGAAAAUCCAGCGGUGGGCUCGUGGCGAAGCGAAGGAUUUGGAUGACGGUGCGUCCAGCAGUGACAACGACAACGCUGGUGAGGGCAGCAGCCGUCCCCGGCGCCCCUCCCGCUCGUAA